UGCCUGGCCUCAACUAUGUUUUUUGAAGGAAGGAUACUCAUGGAGACAAUUGUUGUCUUUUAAAUAUUUGAUAUGCGCUUGAGCUAGUUAUAGAUAGCUCUUAAUGUGUUCGUCCUGAUAACAGGUUUCUAAUGUCACCAUUUUAGUUUGCUGAGCAGCAAAGCAAAAAUAACAUUAAUCUGUGUUAUUUGACAACUAAUGCACAAUAACGAAUGAAUAUCUUAAGUAUCAGGGAGAAUCCUGGUGAGAAAGUUGACAAAGUGAAUUUACACUCCCUUUUCAAGCAGUUGAAAGGGAGGCGUAGUUUUCCAAGAUGAACACUUAGGUUUGAGUAUCUCUUUUUGCCUGAGUUUGCUUUUAUGUAAAAAUAGAGGAUUUGAUUCUAUCUAUUCCCCUUUAACUCUAAAAUUAUAGUAUUCCAGCAGGUUUACCUAACAAGAGUUGACUAUUACACAAAUGGUUUGGUGCUAACAUUAGCAGUAAACACAUUUUUAAAACCCUGAUUUUACUCGGGCUCCCAGGCAUGCUCUGGAGUUCAUCUGACUUCUAAUAAUGGAAGUGCAAAUACAUUGAGUGAUCACUUCCACAACAGUCCUGUUCCUUUAAGAGAUCACGGUUGUUAAGUUAGGAGAUUAUUGAACCGUAUGAGGGUCAAUAAAAGAAUAAAAAGUCACUGGUUAGCGAGUCGAGGACAAGGAACUUGAUCCUAGUUCAGUAUCUGUGGAUCCGUAUGCUGCCCACAGUCAGAGAGAGAGUCCCAGGUGCGUGGCACCUUGCUUUUCCUCGGGAUGGCUUCUGGAAGGCUCAUUAAGUUUGUGGUUUUUGAGCUCCUAGAGUUUGCUGCUUUCUCUGUCCCUACACUUGUGAUCACGGAACAGUUUGCCACCGCCUACCAAGGAACAAGGGCCAGAUCCGAGAACACACACUACUGGCUGGUCGUCUCCUGUUCUAUUGCCUAUGUUGCGCUGGUGACUCUACUGAUAUGGGUUCCUGUAAAAGUUCUCCUGCAUAAGAAACGUUAUCUUUACAAAAAGAUCAAAGGAUGGAGACCUGUUCUGAUGAUGUGUGUGGUCUUCACCACACUGCCCUCCCUCACCUUUUCCAUAGCAGUGACUGAGGUUCAAAAGAGCAUUAAUGGGUCCUCUGAUGUCUUACCUGAUAUGUUACCUGACCUGCCGGUAUCUCUGGUUCUGUCAUCCCUGAUCAUAAUUGAUAUUAUUGAAAAACUCAGGAUAUAUCCUCUUAGAGGGUAUCAAAAGAGUAGUCAAAAUGGACACAUCCAUUCAACCUCUUUGCAACAAGUAAAAACUGUGACAGAGCACGUGAGGCAAAGUCAAGACAACGCUGCAUCUCCCCAGGCAACCGGCAGCAGCCAGGUGUCCCAGCCAUCAGGAGCCAGGACACAGAGCCAGGUGUCUGUGUUCAUGGGGCCCCAGGAGCCCUCCUGUGACUCAGGAAUCCUGAGAACGAUGUCCCUGAGAGAUGUCCGCGCAGAGAUAUUCUUAUGGAGCUUUCUCCUGUGGUCUGACACGAUAGAAAUGGUGCGUGUGGCCGGUCACCCCAAAGUGUACAAGUCAAGCUGGCUGUACCCAGUCUACAUAUUCAGUUUUAUUUCUCUCCUUCGAAUUACAUUCACUCCCCAAAACCCUCUUCUCAAUUCCCUGGACAUCCUGCUGCAAGAUUUACCAUUUAUUUUUGUUAGACUUGGUUUAAUCAUUGCGCUGGGGACCAUCACACCCGUGCUGGGCCUGUGUAAAAAUGUCCUCGUGACUCUCUCUUACAUUUACUUCAAUUACUUAACCAGACUCAGGUCUUUUUCUGCCUUUGAAAUGUCUCCAUUUUAAAAAGAAAAUGGGAUCGAGUAAGACCUCUUUGUGAUACCUGUGUGCACAUUUGUAAUCCUUUUUUUUCUUAGGGUGUACAUUUUUGCACUAUAAAAGAAAUAACUAGAUUGUAGAGAAUAAGCCAUUUUUACUAACUAGCGUAUCAGUUGUUUUUUUUUUACAUAUACAAAUGGUGCUAAAUUUAAGCAAAGUUAUAUUCUUAGACAUUGGCUCUCAGGUAUUUCUAGAAAAUGUGAGUUGUUAAUUUUAGUUAGUUAUGUAUACUGAGGUCCCCAACCCACAGACCAUGGUCCCGGUACUGGUUCGUGGUCUGUUAGGAAUCAGGCCUCACAGCACCAGGUGAGCCUCGAGCUAAGCAUUCCUGCCUGAGUUCUGCCUCCUGUCAGAUGAGCAGUGGCAUUUGAUUCUCAUAGGAGUUCAAACCCUGCUGU